ACCUUCUCGAGAAGAUUGGACUUUGAUCCCUGACCCUGAAAACUUUUUGUAUUGCGUAAUAAUUCGACAAUGCGAUUUGUCACAAUGCGCAUGCUCAACAAUCAUAAACAAGUCUGUUUUAUUCUUUGUUGUACAUCAUUGUACAGAUUACAGAAUCCUUUUCCAGGAAUUAAAGCACAACUUUGAGUUUCUAUCGUCUGUUUUUUAUGAUAAAUGUAAAGACUUACAGUGUUUCUCUAUCCAUCUGAAGUAAAAAGUUUUCCUGCCGCUAAACUCACGAUUUAAGAAGUCAGGAAAAGACUACUGUAAAUUGUGCACUGCAUGGUGAAGGGAUAACACGAUCGAAGUGACUUGACAUUUUUCGGUGCUAUGAACAAGGUCAACUUGUAUCGUCACUUUCUACUUUCAAGUGUCAAGGAAAAUGUUUUCAGAUGCGAAGGUUUUUGUCUUUCCAAUCCGUUGCUCUCAAGAUCAUUGAAGAAAACACAAAUAAAUGCAUUGAAUUUAAAAUGUAAUCUUCAUGCAAGUAAUGUUUACCUUGAUGAGAAGAACAACACCCCUGAUAAGGAUGGCCCUACGGAAGGCAAGGAAAGCAAGGCUGGUCCUGCAGAAGGCAAAGAAAGCCAGGGUGAAGACAAAUCACUUGAUAAAGGUGGCAGGAAAGGAGGAAAUGGAGGAAGUUAUCUUCGAUGCCCGAAGUGUGGUAGUCCUUGUACACAUGUGGAGACAUUUGUGUCAUCAACACGGUUUGUCAAGUGUGAUAAAUGUCAUCAUUUUUUUGUUGUGUUGUCCGAGCUUGACACAAGAAAGUCAUUUAAAUCCAACACGAAAAAUCAGACAGACAAUGCUGAACAGGCCAUUGAAGUACCUAACAAGAAAUUACCUCCACCCAGAAAGAUCUUUGAUUUUCUCAACAAUUACGUAAUUGGUCAAGAACAGGCCAAGAAAGUUCUUUCAGUUGCUGUCUACAACCAUUACAAGAGACUUAAAGUCAAUAUCCCCGAAGAAACUUCAACACAGACUUCUCAGAACCCGUCACAAAGACCUUCAGUCAUAGCACCUCCUCCUAUUUCAGCAAACCCUCCCAGAGAACUUUUACAAAUGGCCAUCAAUUUGCAUCACAACUCACCGUUGGGUGCAAACAAAGUAGAGUCCACUCAAAAGACAGCGACGUCGGAUUCGUUUGUACAUGGCAGUGAAGCACUGGAUAGCAAGAGCGAUAAAGUAAAACUAGACAAGAGCAACAUUCUCAUGCUCGGACCAACCGGUUCAGGCAAAACCUUGCUAGCUCAGACCAUUGCAAGAUGUCUAGAUGUGCCUUUUGCUAUCUGUGACUGCACAACUCUAACACAGGCUGGAUAUGUUGGUGAAGACAUCGAAUCUGUUAUCGCCAAACUUCUCCAGGAAGCUAAUUAUAACGUUGAUAAAGCUCAACAAGGUAUCGUAUUUUUGGAUGAAGUGGACAAGAUAAGCUCUGUUCCAGGAUUUCAUCAGCUUCGCGAUGUUGGUGGAGAAGGCGUACAACAGGGCCUGUUGAAGAUCCUCGAAGGCACCACAGUGAACGUUCCCGAAAAAAACUCCCGCAAAAUGCGCGGUGAGACUAUAGCUGUCGAUACGACGAACAUCUUAUUUAUCGCUUCAGGAGCUUUUAAUGGCCUCGAUAAGAUCGUGAGCAGAAGAAAACAAGAUAAGGUGAUGGGAUUUCAAAUGCGGCCGGUGAAUGAUAAACAUAAAAAUGGUAGUAAUACAGUUGAUAUUUUCAACUAUAAGAUCAGUACCGAAAGUGAAAGCGCCGAAAAAGACUCCCUGCUCAAAGAUGUCGAAGCGGGUGAUUUGAUAAAGUUUGGCAUGAUUCCGGAAUUCGUUGGACGCAUGCCGAUUACUGUUAGUCUCCAGUCUCUCACACAAGACAUGCUUGUGAGGAUACUACAAGAGCCAAGGAACGCUUUGGUUCCACAAUUUCGCACGCUCUUCGAUAUGGACAAGGUUGAGUUGGAGUUCACUCCGGAUGCACGGACUGCUCGUCAAGCCUUGGAGAGAAACACCGGGGCCCGUGGUCUCAGAUCUAUUUUGGAAAAGUUGUUGCUCGAGCCGAUGUUUGACGUUCCAGAGUCUGAGAUCAAUCACGUUUGCAUAAAUGAUGAAGUCGUAAAGGGAGAAAGAACCGCCAUCUACAGGACAUUGGAAAAAAAUAUCGAAGACGAUAACGUAGCUGCUGUUGAGGACGACGCGGACUCGUACAAGAAAGAUGCAACGUCUAGCGCUUGAAUCUUUGGUUUAUCUUUUUGGAAUAUGGUGUCCUACUUUGUGUCUGGGUCUUGUUGGGUUGCAUUGCAAUGAAUGAUAGGUUUUAAGUGAAAGUUUUUUUUAAUUGCAAAUUUUUAUCCUACUCGUGUGUCGUUUUUUACCUCUCACAAAUCACCAAUGUUAAAUUCGAACUAUUAAUUAAAUGAAUGAAAGUAUUGAAGAUAUAAUUUUCCGUAUGUUUUGAUGCUGUGCUGCAUUUAUUCUAAUAAACGUCCUCCACCCGAUGAAUGCCAUAUUCCUACAAAUCCCCCUACCCAAUGCCCUGAGAUUUUUUUGAUUAGUUCCUCUCCAAUAAACGCCUCUUUCUUAUAAAAACCUCUCUUUUGUGAUAUACUUCCCGCGCUACAUUGAAAAUAAAACGUCAAUGUAAACACUUUUCGACUCGCUUUGGAAUUUUUUACUUUUUGUUUCAAAUUUAUAUCGAACAUUCUUUCCCCCUUUCAAACCGAAUUUUUAUAUUAAUGCCAGGGUGUUUGUUAGAGUAAAUGCUGUAUAUAACAUCGUACGAAAAUUUGUACGCUGUGCGUACACAAGGGUAGCGUAUAUAUCAUUUUAAAACAUAGGAACGUAUGUAACCAUGUCUAGCUAAAAAUUGUUUCAUCUUGUAAAAAUAUGAGUUGGUCAUUAAUUCAUUUCUCCCGACUAAAUGUCAAACUUUCGACUCAUUUUUUUACGAACGAAGAAUGCAUGGGAAAUCUUAUCACGAAAAACGACUUGAAUAACCGUGCUGGCUUCUUCCAUGCCUGACAUUUUGUCCUACUCUACCUGUAAUCUAUAUACUAUGUAAAUUUGAAUCGAUUAUGGGCGUGGAGAUUGACGUUUUAUGUUAAGUUUGGUAAAAUUAAAAAUGUUGUAUUUAA